AUGCAUGCGGUUCUGCGAACGUUUCGCAAAGCCAAACACCCACGUUUUCAAUGGGUAAAUAAUCGUCUGGCCGUGGAAUGCAUAAAUUAUCGACCAAACGUCUCUUCGCGAUUGUAUCACGACGAGAAUGGUAUUUACGGAUACAGACCGAGGUCACAAAGGGAUUUCGAAGUACCAACAGAGUACCUGGAAAUACGAUCGAAAAACAGCAAUUUCUACAGACUGGUUACCGCGUACAGGGAAUUCGCUCAUAAACAAGCCGAUAUAGAUCCUAUCUCGCCAAAAAAACCAAUGCCACUGGCAGAAUUAAAACCAGAGAGAUUUGGUUUAAAUAUGAAAGACAGGGUUUCGUUCAAAGGUAUUCUAGCCAUGGGAAAAGGGGAAGGAACCGUGGAAGAAGCUAUAGAAUUUUUAAAAAAGAACUACAGUAACUCGAUAGGACUAGAAUUCAGUUACCUAGAGACCGAGGAGGAGAGGGAAUGGUUCGCAGAAACUGUGGAGAAAUGUUUGACCGAUCCUCUGACAAAAGAAACUCAAAUCGGCAUCGCGACAGAGAUGCUGAAAAGUCAAACUUUUGAUCAAUUCUUGGCCAUUAAGUUCGUGAGCCUUAAGAGAUACAGUGGCGAGGGUGCUGAGAGCAUGAUGGCCUUUUUCCAUGAAUUUUUCAAGCUGUGUGCGAAUGAUGACUUAAAAUACAUUGUGCUUUGUAUGCCUCAUCGAGGUCGACUGAAUUUCCUCACAGGAAUGCUAAAUUUCCCUCCAGAAAAAUUAUUCAGAAAAUUACGAGGGUAUUCUGAAUUUCCUGAUGACGUGACUGCUACUGGUGAUGUUAUCAGUCACUUUGUGUCUUCCACAGACCUCAAUAUUGAUCAGAAAAGCCUUCAUGUAACUAUGUUGAGAAAUCCUUCACAUCUUGAGGCUGUGAAUCCUGUUUCCAUGGGGAAAACUCGAGGAAUGAUGCAAGUGAUCAAAGAUGGUGCUUAUAAUGAGGAUGCAAACGCUCGAUGGGGCGAUAAAGUGUUGAAUAUUCAAGUUCAUGGAGAUGCAGCUUAUGCUGCUCAAGGUGUAGAUCAGGAAUGUUUGGCAUUGUCUGCAGCUCCUCACUUUGAAAUAGGUGGAACUGUUCAUCUGGUCAUCAAUAAUCAAUUAGGCUUCACAACUCCAGCUUCUAGGGGAAGAUCGUCGAGAUAUUGCACGGAUCUAGCAAAGAUGAUCUCUGCUCCUGUGAUUCACGUAAACGGUGACGAUCCUGAGAUGGUCGUUCGAGCUACUAGGAUAGCCUUCAAAUACCAAAGAAAAUUUAGGAAAGACGUGUUCGUGGAUUUAAAUUGCUAUAGAAGAUGGGGUCACAAUGAACUGGACGAUCCUGUCUUCACAAAUCCAAUAAUUUAUAAAAUCAUUCAAAAUCGCUCAUCAGUACCAGACAGAUACUUGGAUAAACUGGUGAAAAGUAAUGUCCUUUCAAUGGAGAAAGCUAAAAACAUAGUUGAGAAGCAUAAUAAGAAGCUGAAUGAAGCCUUGAAUCAAGUCGACAAUUAUAUGCCCCUGCCAGCAUAUUUUGCAGGUCUGUGGAGUGGAAUACAGCAAGCUGAUGCUAGCAUAACGCAAUGGGACACGGGAGUUGAUUUAAGCCUAUUGAGGUUCAUUGCCGAAAAAAGUGUUCACAUUGACGAUAACUCGACAAUUCACCCUAAAUUAAUGAAGAGUCACAUUCAACCUCGACUGAACAAAGUAGCAAAUAAUGAACAGUUGGAUUGGGCCACUGCUGAAGCUUUGGCAAUUGGAACCUUACUGUAUCAGGGAUACAAUGUUAGAAUAAGUGGUCAAGACAUAGGCAGAGGAACGUUUUCACAUAGACAUGCUAUGCUGAUUGAUCAAUCCACAGAAGAUAUACAUAUUUCAUUGAAUUCCAUGGUUGAGGGUCAAACAGGGAAGCUAGAGUUAGCCAAUAGUAUCUUGUCUGAAGAAGCAGUUCUAGGCUAUGAAUAUGGCAUGAGUAUUGCUGUACCUACCACUUUAACCAUGUGGGAGGCACAAUUUGGAGAUUUCUUCAAUGGAGCACAGAUCAUUAUUGACACUUUCAUAACCAGUGGAGAGGCAAAAUGGAUGUUAAGCAGUGGUUUAACAAUGCUUCUACCACAUGGUUAUGAUGGUGCUGGUCCUGAACACAGUUCUUGCAGGCUUGAAAGGUUUUUACAGCUUACAGAUAGCAAUGAGGACAAGCCCAAUGGUGAUAAUGUUAACAUGCACGUGACCAACCCUACAACACCAGCUCAGUACUUCCAUUUACUGAGAAGACAAAUGGUAAGGAACUUCAGAAAACCUUUAAUAAUAGUGGCUCCAAAAAUAUUGUUGCGUCAUACCGCAGCGACUUCAUCGUUGGUAGAUAUGGGACCACAGACGAAAUUCAAGAGUGUUAUAGGGGAUGAAAAAGCAAAGGAAUCAGAGGUGACUAAAGUAAUCCUAGUAAGUGGAAAGCACUAUUACGCGCUUGAUAAUUUUAGAGACAGCACAGAACAAAAGCAUGUGGCAAUUAUCAGACUUGAAUGUCUGUGCCCUUUCCCAGUUCAUGAAUUAUUGCAGGAGAUUGAGAAAUAUAAACAGGCGAAGACGAUUAUAUGGAGUCAAGAAGAACCACAAAAUAUGGGAGUAUGGAGCUUUGUCAAGCCUCGUUUUGAGAAUUUGUGCGGCAGACCACUGAAGUAUAGUGGCCGUAAACCCAUGGCUGCGCCAGCCGUCGGUGAGGGACAAUUACAUCAACAGGAAGCUCAGGAAGUUAUCGUCAGGCCCUUUAAUAUGAAAUGA